CAAUAAUUCAACGAAAUGUCCAUUGCACUGAAAUUUAUACUCAUUGUUUUAUAUAAAUCAGACCGAUUAAUUUUAAAAUCAGUCUUAUCAGUAUUAUUUGUUAGGUCAGCAUUUGGAAUAGAGGGAGUGAAACCUUGGCAUUAAAAGUAAAUCAAAUACGUAUGCUUUAAAUUUAGCUUAUUUAUAAAGAUUUACGUAUUAUUUACGAAAUGUUACUACCCGUUACUGUAUAAGCAGAGUGCAGACUUCGUGGAAAAUAAUCAUUAUUUAAUCAUGAAAACAACAUUUAGAAAGACCGUUUCCUUUCUGGGUUAUCUUUGUGUUUUUGUUUUUGCAAAUGAUGUGUUUGCAGAAAAUGGUUUAUAUGAAGACAUAAAGAUGAAGUUAGCAAAUAAGGAGAUAAAAGCAAAUCAUAAUUACAGAAAGGAGACAAUUGCACUCGGCGAUAUGGACAAUACAAAGGAUUAUCGUUACAGAGGGGUAAAACUUGGCCGCACACUUAUUAAACGGGCUUUAUUUGGCAAACUCGAAGACGAAAAAAACAAAACAGGAAUUCUUGAUAACAUUCUUGACAUAAAUGCUGGAAAAGAAUUAAAAAUUCUUGAAGCGAUCAAUGAUCGUGAUUAUCCAAGCAGAGAUGAUUAUAACCAGUUGCGUGAUGUUAAAGACACAUCAGACGCUGAUACUAUUACAGAUGGAAACGCUUUAAUUACGCUGUGGGAUAUGGAGAAUGAAAUCAAAGUAAUAAUGUACGUAGAAACUACACAAGGGGAUUUUGGCAUGACAGAUGGCUCAAAUGUUGAGGAACUUGGUGUUCAUAAUACAACAUUACCGCCGAUGAUAUGUUGGGAGAGGAACUGCCCCGAUUGUGUUGCACAAGAGUCAGAAUUUCGUUGUUUUGUUCGUGGUCUCCUUCAAGUCAUAGUACGAGCUAUUAUCAUCGGGAGUAUCAUCAUCUUGUUGUUUGCAUGCGUCUAUAUUUCAACAAAGAAAAAGAAAUGCAAGAGUGCAGACAUUAAAGAUACAGUGAAUGAAGUUGUUUAUACAGAUGAUAAAACAGCAUUGAUAAAUCCGGCAUAGACUGUAUAUGAAUCACAAUGAUUUACAUUAAAGGGACUCCACUGAGGUUUUUACAGAUGACGUGGCAAGAGAUACUUUUCCGAUAUUAAAUGUUUUGUAUUAGUGCAGAUCUAAACCAACAGCUAAUAAAAUUUCUAAUUUUUCGCUUAUUCGAAUUUAGACCCAGAUGUGGUUGACGCUCGUCUCACUAAAUGUCACGUGUAAUGG